CUGGAGCCCUCUAUUUUUCACACAGGACAUCGUUCAUCUGUGUCUAUGUGGCAGCCCGACCUUGUCCUUGGGAUAUCUUGUGAUCCUGGUCACCCCUUCAAGUCCUUUUCCAGGAGAAUUCUUCCUUCAAAUCGUAUUUUCUUAACCCUUUUCUAAACCCUGUGAUCCGUUUGUAUAGCGUUCGUUCCGUGACCAUGGAGACCUCCCCUCUGGACCGGCAACUGCAGAGCGUCCAGAGAAACAUCACCUUCUUAAAAGGAGAGCAUGUAGACUUGCUUCAUGGGCUACACAUGGAGAUCCUUCAACUGCAAAAACGCUGCACAGAGCUGACGUACGAACUCGCCCUCAAGCCACCGAAAAGCGAUCAGUCAGACCCCGCAGAGUGGGAGGUGAACUGCGAGCCCCUUGAGGCGAAGAUCAGCGAGAAGGAGCUGGAGAACUCGGCCUUGCGGAGGGAACUGUACCACAAGGAGGCACUGAUCAGCGCGCUGGAGGACAGCAUGAGGAAGAGGGAGAGGAUGUUCCUGGAGGAACUGAAGAAGAGAAGUCACAGGGUGACUGUGCUGAGCUCCGAGCUGCAGAAACAGUCCGACACGGCGGCUUCUCUCUCGUUCCAGCUGCGCAGCGCGAAACAGAGACUCAGCAGCUCGCGGGCCAGCAGCCAGCCCAGAGACAAGCCCCCCGUGUGGGACAGACCCCUGCCCACCUCCCCAGUCUAUGUGGCCGUCUCGCAGAAGAGGAGCUGCAAGUCGCACUCGCGGAAGAGCGAGCUGGGCUGCGCCGACAGAGCUGCGGGGAGGGAAACCGGACGGCAAAGGAGAGACGUGUGCUGGGAUGAACUGGACCCAAUGCCAGAUCCUGAGCUGUUCCUGCAGGCGAGGUGGCGAUAUGGGCAACAACAACAACAACAACAACAACAGACCAGCGCUCGUGAGCCCAGACUUGGCCUCUCUGCCCUGGGCUCCUCUUACCAGACGCCCAGAACUGUACCAGCACUCCUCACCACCACCACCGACACCGCCACAUCACCUCUGACCGAGACGGAGAUCCCCCUCACCGACGAGGAGGCCGAUAAAGAUUAA